AUGGAGUCUUCAAAUUAUGACAUCUCCUUGUCUUCGAGUCCUCGAUUUUCGUUUUCUUCCAACAUGCUUAUUCCCAAAAAUUUUAGAACAAGUAGUCUCGACUCCCUUCUUGACGAAGGGAUAGCCGCCAAAAUAACCACCAAGCCCAAUGGCAACGAUGAAUUCGAAUUUCACUCAGGAAAAUUUACUGACAUGGCAACUGCGGAUAAAUUAUUCUCCAAAGGUAAAAUACUUCCCUCUUAUAAUCUGACGCACCCUGUCCAAAAAAUCGAGAAUAUUUCAAUUAAACCAGAAAGGAAACUACCUCCGCCGCCGCCCUUCUUACAACCUAGGCGUAUCGAUAAUGACAACAAUACUAGAAUAAAUUGGAUAGUUUUUGAGGAUGAUCCGUCCCCUAGACCACCUAAAUGUUCGAUUUUAUUGAAGGAGUUGUUCAAAUUGGGCAAACGGCCUUCGCAUUUAAAACAAGCAUUUUCGUCCUCUUCUUCUUCUUCUUCAUCUUUCUCGUCAUCUGGAGGAUCGUCUUCUUCAUCGUUUAGGGGAAGAUCGACGGCUGAGAUUUCAUCAUCAAGGGAUUGUAGAGAAAGAAGUAUGAGAUACAAAGAGAAAAAUGUAAGAGAUUCAAAGAAGAGUGAGAGAUUAAAUUGUUCUAACAUAAGGAUAAUGCCUGUGGGCAAUGUGCCUAUUAAUGUACCCCAUAGGAAGAUCAAUCCCUUCCCAUUACAUUAA